AUGGAAACUAAAAUCAAUAGAAAAUUAUUAUAUCCACCAAUUGAUAAUUUCAAUUAUGGAAAUACUCAUCAUAAUAAUAAUAAACAACCAAAUAUAAACCAUGAAGAAAUUCCAUCAGGAAUAACUUCUGAUGGUAAUUAUAGUUGGUUUACAAAAGAAAACGAAAUAUUUUUUUAUGAUUUAAAUAAUGGUAAAAGAAUAACAACAUUUUGUUUUGUUGUUGAAAAUUCAAUUGAGUGUUCAGUUACAGCAGUUGGUGAAAUAAUUGUCGAAGAUCAAAUAUUUAUUGUUGUAGCAUUAAAGGGUGGAAAUAGUACAUCAUUAAAAGUUUUAGAUAUUCAAACUGGUGACACAUUAAAAACAUUGGAUACAACACCAUUAUCAACUAUAACAUACAUUAAACAAUUAUAUAGAGAAUCUAAAUUCUCAAAAGCACAAGCUGAUUUAAUUAGAAAUAUUAAAACUCCAUUAGCAUUAGGUAUUCAAAAUUCUUGUCAAGUUAUAAUAGUUGAUAUUUAUUUUAAUUUAAGAGAACAAUUUUUAUCAUCAAAUCAAUUAAUAUUACAAGAUAUAACAAAUUAUGAUUAUAAACAUUUCUUUAAUAAUAAGACCAAUAAUUUAGUACCAUAUUUUAUUUUAGGUGGUGAUCAAUUAUUUAAUGGAAAUAGUUACAAAUUUGAAUAUCCAGCAGGUAAACAUUCAUCAGAGGGAUAUUUAGUUGAAGAUCGUAAUGGUAUUACACAACAAAAUUUAAAGAGUAAAUUACAACACCAAUAUCCACAACAACAACAGCAACAGCAACAACAACAACAACAACAACAAACCAACCAAUUUACUCAAUUGGAUGUUACAUCGAUUGAAUAUAUCGAGAGUUUAAGAAUGAUAGCAAUUGGCUAUAGCAUUGGAACAUUUCAGUUAUUCUCAAGUAACAACUUCAAAUUGUAUUAUUGUUCACCAGCUAGAGAGGUUGGAUUGCAUUCAAGUGUUAGUCAUUUAGAGAAUAAACAAUCACCAGUCACCAACUUUCUCUAUCAAGAGUUGGAAGAUGAUGAUACAUCAAGUGUUAGUCAUCUAUGGAUUGGUAGAGGUUCAAAGAAUAAUAAAUCUUCAAAUAAUAACAUUUCAAUCAUUUUAUAUAAAUUAGAAUUUGAUUUACAAUUAUCACCAGAUUCAAGUAAAACAAUUAAUAAUUUAAUUUCAUUAACUCAAAAUGUUGAUACACCAAUUGAUAUUACAAAAAUUAAUCAAACUAAUAGUCAAACUAAUCAAUUUGGUGAAAUUUUAUUAAUGUCAUAUCUUUAUCAAAAUAAAGAUUUAAAAUUAAAUAAUGGAAUUAUACCAAAAUCAAAAUCAAUAUUUAUUUAUCAAUUCAUUGAAAAUGGUACAAUUAAAAUUGAAAUUAAAUUAUUUGAUUUAUUUUUAUUAGAAAGACAUGGUAUAAAUUAUAGUUCAAAUUCUCAACAACAUUGGUUACACUCAAUUAAAUUGGAUGAUGAGAAUGGAAACUUUAAAAAUAAUGGUUAUCAUUCAAUUUGGAUUGAUCAACAAUCAGUUUUAAAUAAUGUACUUUAUCAAUUAGAAAAUAAUAAUAGUAAAGUAUUUUUAAGUAAAGAAGAUCAAUAUCAAACUAGUGGUAGUAAUAGUGGUAGUGGUAGUGAUAACUUUGAUGAUAAUUAUGAAAAUUUUGAAGAAAAUAAAUUAAAUUUAACAAUUUAUCAUCCAAAUUUUAAAUUUAAAUUAUUAUCAUUUUCAACUAUUGAUAAUAUAGAUUAUUUAAGUCCAAAAGAGAGAUUAGUAUAUGAAUUAUCGAAUAAGGGUGCAAUUUUAUUUGAAUCAUCAACACUUUUAAAUUCAGUCUAUGUUAAAUUUGUAGAAUCAAAUAUUUUCCCAUUCUAUAAAUCUGAUCAACAACAACAAAGAAAUGAUUUAUUAAUAUUUUCAUUAAAUAAUAAUUUAAUUUCAAUUGUAAAGGAUUACAUUUUAAAUUAUAAAUCAUCAAAUGCAAAAUUAAUAUUGGAAUCGUUUUGGUCACAUUUUCAAACAUUAAAUAGAAAUUUUGGUCUCUCUGAAAUUUAUAGUAAAUUAAAUUCUGAUACACCAAAACUUUUAGAAUUAGUUUAUGUUAAAAUUACAGAUUUAGUUCGUAUUUUUAAAUCAUUAGCUGAUAGAUAUAUUCAAGAGAAUUUAAAUAAAUUAAAUUCAAAUGAUAUGAUAAUUGAUGGUGGUGGUGGUGGUGGUGGUUCUAAUUCAAAUUCAAAUUUAAAUUCAAAUUCCAAUUUAUUACCAGAUACUUUAAAAAUUAAAAUUGAUCAAGCAAUUAAUAUUGCAAGAUUUAUUGAAAUUUUAAAAUGGUCUUUAUAUUUUGGUUUAUUUAAACCAUCAACAUUGAAUGAUAUGGAAUCAGUUAGAAAUUAUACAAUUCAAAAGAGAAAAAUUAUUAAAGAGAAAUUAACAAUUGAAAUGGGUAAUAUUGGUAGAACUAAUCAAUAUCUUUCGGAUAGAUUAUUAAUUGAUUUAUUCUAUUCAAAUAUUGAUUUAUCGUCAUCGACAUCAACAACAACAACAACAACAACAACAACGACUGAUGGUAAUCAAAUAAUGAGUUCUUAUCCACCACAUAAUUCUCAAACUAUGAAAUCAUUCUUUAAAAUUUUUGAAUCAUCUCAACAAUUUACAAAAAAGAUUUCAGUACUAUUCUAUUUAUUAAUAGAUUUAGAAUUAACUGAUCUUAAUGGUGGUAAUGGUAGUAAUGGAAAGAGUUUACAUCAAUCGGAAACUUUAAAAUCAUUCUUUGGUUCUUUCCAUAUCUCUAGUAAUUAUUAUAGUUUUAUUAUGGGUAUUUGGAAAUUAGAUAGUUAUUUAUUAAAAUCACAAGAUCAAAUGAAUAUUGAUGACGAUGAUGAUGAUGAUGAAGAUGCCACCAAUCGUGAAAAUAAUAGUAAUUUAAUUGAUGAAGAUAUUAAAAGUGCAUUUACAUUAUUAAAUUCUUCAAAAGUUACAAAGAAAUAUCUUUAUCCAAUUUUAGCAAGAUUUUAUAGUUUUGGAUUCAAAAAUUAUGCUCAACUUUUAAUGAAAGGUUUUAAUUUCCAACCACAAACUCCAGAUGAAGCUCAGUUAUAUGUUAGAAUUCUUUUAUCAAAUCAUUCAAUUCUAGAGGCAAUCUUAUUCCAACGUAGUUUUAGAAAUCGUUUACAAGAUCAAUUAACAAUCGAUUCAAUUGAAAGAUUAUUAUUUUCAAUAUUUAAUUAUACAUUUAAUUUAAAGAAAUUGGAUUUAAUUUUAAAUAUGUCUCUUGAUGAAAUUGAAGAACAAGUAUUUUUACAUUUCCUUUUCAAAAUGAAAGCUUCAUCUCUAAUCUCUUUAUAUUAUAUUAAAAGAGGUCGUAUUCCUGAAGCUUGUAAAGUUAAUCGUUACUAUCAAUCCACUAGAGUCAAUGGUGAUGUUUUCGAUGGUCAUGAUACUAUCAAUCAUUUAUUAUUAAAUUAUGAACAAUCAUUACCAUUAAUUCAAAGACCAAUUCAUUUUAAUAUUACAAAUGAAUCACAAGAUAAACCAAAACAACAACCACAAUCACAACAACAACAACAACAACCACAACCACAACAAUUUUUAAAUAGUGAAGAAGAUAAUAUACCAUUAUUACCAAAAUCAAUUUCAAAAGUUAAUUUAGUACCACCACAAUCGUUCAUUCAAAAACCAAUUGUAAUGCCAUCACCAAUUCCAAAACUUUAUAAUGAUUCCUUAUAUUUAUCAUCAACUUUAUCAACUGCUCCCAUUUCAAAUUUAGAGAUUCUAACAAAGAAAUCAAAUGAAGAACAACAAGAGAGAUUAUUAAUUCAACAAAGAUUGGCUCAACAAGAAAAAGAAUUACAAGAACAACAAAGAAUUAAAAAAGAAUUUGAAGAUCAACAAGAAAAACUUUUAGAUUUCCAAAGACAACAAGAACUUUUACAACAUCAAAUGGAAGUUCAUUCACAAUUAUUACUACAACAAAAACAACAACAACAACAACAACAGAAACAAAUAAAAGAACAAGAAUAUGAAGAAUAUGAUGAAGAAUAUGAAGAAGAAGAAGAAGAACAAGUUGCAACCUCAAAUAAAUCUUCUCUUGAUAUGAUUUUCCCAACAAUGGUAACUACAACUUCAACUACAACAUCUUCACCAAAUUUAUCAGUUGCUAGUGGUAGUACUCCACAAGGUUCACCAUUAAAAUCUGCACUUAAAAGUGGUGGUUCUGCCAAGAAAACUACAAAUGUUAGAUUUAAAGAUAGUUUAAAUAGAGAAUAUCCAAUUCCAAAAUUAAAGAAAAGAGGUAUGCCUGAUUCUGAUGAUGAUGAUGAUGAUGAUGAUGAAAAUUAUGAUUCUGAUGAUGACGAUGAUGAUGAUGAAGAUUCAGAGUUUGAAGAUAUCUAUAAAAUUGAUUCAAACGAAGAUGAAGAAGAGGAUGAAGAAGAUGAAGAAGAAGAGGAUGAUGAUAGUGCUGUAGUUCAUGACGAUGAUGAAUUAGAUGAUCAACAAGCUUCGCAAGCUCAACAAUUCUUACAAAAUCAAAAACAUCAAAAACUAUUACAACAACAACAACAACAACAACAACAACAACAACAACAACAACAACAACAACAACAACAACAACAACAACAACAACAACAACAACAACAACAACAACAUGAAACUGAUGAUACUGAAGAAGAACUUGAAGAUGAUAUUGUCGAAGAAGAUGAUGAUUCAGAAGAAGAUAGAUUUAAAGAUUUUGAAAGACCAAAACAUGGUGGUAAAGAACCACCAAAAUUCUCUACCUAUUCAGGACUACAACCAUCAAAACAACAACAACAAAAAUUCUUAUCACCUCAAGAUGAUGAUGAUUAUGAUGAAGAAGAUGAAGAAGAUGAUCAAAGUUAUGAUGAUGAUGACGAUGGUGAAGAAGAGGAUGAUGGUAAUUAUAGAGUACCAACUCAACAAUUUAUGAGACAACCAAUCGUAAAUAGUAGUAGUAGUGGUGGCACUCAAGAUGAACCAAUGGAAAUUGGUUCUUCCUCUGAUGAAGAUAAUAGUCAAAUUGUAAAAAAUCAAUAUAAUUAUAAUAAUGAAGAAGAUAAUGAUGAAGAUGAACAAGAGGAUGAUAAUGAAGAAGAGCAAGAAGAAGAUGAAGAAGAGGAAGAAGAUUCACCAAAACAACCAAAAAGAGUAGUAGCUCAUAAACCAUUACCAAAAGUUCAAUUUAAUAAUAAUGAUGAAGAAGAACAACAACAACAACAACAACAACAACAACAACAACAACAACAACAACAACAACAACAACAACAACAACAACAACAACAACAAAAAGAAGAAGAAGAAGAGGAAGAAGAAGAAGAAGAAGAAAAGAAAAUGAAUGAAAGUGAUGAAAGUGGUGGAGAAAUUUCUAAAAAUGAAAAUUCUUCAGAUGACGAUUCUGAUAAUGAUCAAUUUAAUUCACCAUUUACAAACCAAUUUCUAAGUAAAACAAGUGGUAACACAUCUGGUCAAUCAAUUGAUUUUGACCAAGAUGAAAAAUAUUCAACUCCAACCGAUAAAGGUUCAAACAAUAACGAUACCACUGUUGAUAGUGACAUUUUUCAAUCUCAACAAAGUGAUUCAUCAUUCGUUCAAUCUCAAGAAAAUGAGUCAUUAAAAAAAAGUGAUGAAAAUCUAUCAACUUUUAAUGAUUUAAAUAAUUCAAUUCUAUCUAAUAUUAGUAGUCAACAACCACAAGAAGAUGAUGAAAAAUUUCAAGAAUUAGAAGGUGAUACUAAUAAUAAUAAUAAUAAUAAUAAUAAUAAUAAUAAUAAUAAUAAUAAUAAUAAUAAUACUGAUGAGGUAAUGGGAGAUGAAGAAAAGAACGAUAAUCAAAACGUUGAAAUGGAAAAUACUGAACAAGAUAAAAAGGAUUCUCCAUUCCAAGAAAUUGAAGAUGAUGAAAGUAUUAUCAACUCUCAACAAAAAGAAGAAAGUGAUGUUGAGGGUAAAUCAAAUGAUCAAUCCCUUGAAACCUCUAUCCAUCAAAAAGUAGAAGAUAAACAAAUGGAUGACGAUGAUGACGAAAAAAGUAAUAAUCAAAAUGAAGAAAAUGUUCAACCAACCCAAGAAAAACAGGAUGAACAAGAACCAGAGGAACAAGAAGAGCAAGAAAAACAACCAGAAGAAGAAGAAGAAGAAGAAGAAAAAGUAAAAGAAAUAGAACAACAAGAAGAAGAAGAAGAAGAACCAAAAGAAGAACAAUCAGAAGAAGAAGAAGAAGAACAACCUGAAGAAGAGCAACCUGAAGAAGAACAAACAAAAGAAGAACAACCAGGAGAAGAACAACCAGGAGAAGAAGAAGAAGAACCAGAAGAGGAAGAAGAAGAAAAAGAACCAGAAGAGGAGGAAGAAGAAGAAAAAGAAAUGGAAGAAGAUGAAGAAGAAAAAGAAGACGAAGAAGAAGAAAAAGAAGAUACCCCAAAAAAACAACCAAUUGUCCCAAUUUCAACUAGACCAAGUCGUCAAUCAAAAACCGAUGGUAUUGCAAAAACACUAAGCAUUGCUGAAAUGAGAAGAGGUGAAAAAGAUAAAAAAAAACAGCUAGCACCCCAAAAACCAACCUCUAAAUUAAAACCAAAAGUUCAAGCUGCUACCAAACCAAAAAAAACUAAAAAAGCUUCAAAAAAAUAA